UAGAUAAUUGGUUUGGAAGGUAUUCCAGUGUAUACACAUUUCCUCCUUAGUGAUCAAAAUUGGCAUUUUGGAUGGUUUCUUUGUGAUUUAUGGUUAAUGGUUGAUUAUGUUGUCUGCCUCGCAUCAAUAUAUACCGUACUUGGUAUAACAAUUGAUAGAUAUUGCUCAGUAAAGUUUCCUGCAACUUAUCGAAACUGGAGGACACCACGACGUGUUAUUUUAACCGUAGCAAUUAUAUGGCUGAUCCCAACCAUAUUAUUUGGCUUAUCAAUAUUUGGCUAUGAUAAAUUUACGGGUGAACGAAUGUUAAAAGAUAAUGAAUGCUAUGUACAAUUUAUGACAAAUCCAAUCUUAAAUAUGGGAAUGUAUAUCUCAUAUUAUUGGUCAACCUUAUUUGUCAUGCUAUAUUUGUAUUUAGGCAUAUAUCGAGCUGCAAAAUUAUUAGCUGCUAAAAGUGAACAGAAGAAUAAACGAUUGGCAAUGUUAAAUGAAAUGAGAAGGCAUACGAAGCAAGAAACUCCAUCUUUAACAGCAUGUAAAAGUAGUGAACAGGAAAGUGCACCGGAAACAUCAUCAUCAUCACAUUCAAGGUGA